CUGCCUGACUACCGGCGUUCACUUCGCUCCGAGAAGCAGACUUGUCCACAUGCAGUCGGAGCCUGACGCACCAUUCACGCGGAUUUAACAGAUGCUGCCAGCGAACAGGCAAGACUGGAAGUUUGAGUCUGGGCAGCGACGCGAAACUCACGGUUAUCACCAUUCAAUGAGGUGGGCUGUCAAUCGCAACCCAUCAUGGAAACUGGUUAUUUGACACUCAACUGUCACAGCAUUGACUUCAUGUCAGGCUCUUGCUGCAAAAGAGUGCUGUGACACCUGGACCAGGACACCAUGACACUGACGGACUACAAGUACAGUCUGCUGGGCUCCUUGGUAGAGGACUACCGGAAGAGGCCGCUGCUCCUGCAGGUGGACAACACACCCAUGAACCUUUUUGCUGUUUUAGAGGUCAAACAUGAACUACCGAGGAGGACCAGCAUCUUGACAUGUUUUCGUAGGAUUCGAGUCUAUAGCUUCCUAUUUGGCCUGGUGGUGAUGUUUCUCAUCAUGGCCUCGUACAUUUUGACUGGGGACAAGAAGGGUCUUCUCCUCACACCGUCACCAUACCAGUUCAGCAGCUUGGGUGGCUCUGGGCCGUUUAUCUUCAACCUCUCAUCAGUCAAAGACUAUGCACAUAUCAAACUGGUCGUCAAGACCAUCAAAUCCAAGGUGGAGUUUCGCAGCAGACAACUUCCUGACUUUAAAGCACUGGUCAACAGUGAUCAACACAUGUUUUCGGUUAUCCCCCGCAAAUUCCUGUCUGGUAUCAAAAACCCCUGCUGGCAAGAAGAGUACUCUGGGAAUCUCACGUCUGACCCCUACAUGACAAACUUAUACGCACGCUAUUCAAGGCGCUUCCGUACUGUCUUCCAACACUUGAGGAGCUCUUUUCGGGAACACUUGUCCCAACGUGAUGGGAAACUGCGCCGCAUGCGCUGCCUUCCAUAUUUCUACAUCAUCGGUCAACCCAAGUGUGGGACAACAGAUCUGUACGACAGACUCAGACUGCACCCAGAUGUCAAGUUCUCGACUUUCAAGGAGCCGCACUGGUGGACGCGCAAGCGGUUUGGUAUAAUCCGUCUGAGCGAGGGCUUCCAUGAUCGCUAUCCAGUGGAGGACUACCUGGAUUUAUUCGAUCAAGCUGCUUAUCAAAUACAGGGUAACCUCAGUGCAAAUACCAGCGGGACACCGAACCAUCCUAAUAUCAUCAUAGGUGAAGCCAGUGCCUCCACCAUGUGGGACAACAAUGCCUGGGUGUAUUUCUACGACAACACUUCAGUGGGAGAACCUCCAUUCCUGAUACAGGAUUUCGUCCACGCACUGACCCCCGACGCUCGUUUCAUUGUCAUGCUCAGGGACCCGGUCGAAAGGCUCUACUCUGAUUACCUUUAUUUUGGAAUUGCCAACAAGUCUGCGGAGGACUUCCAUGAGAAAGUGUCCGAGUCCCUGCAGUUAUUCGAGGGGUGCCUUACUGAGUACAGCAUGCGGUCCUGUGUGUACAACACCACUGUCAAUAACGCCAUGCCGGUCAGGCUGCACGUCGGCCUAUACAUCGUCUACCUAAAGGACUGGCUAACCAUCUUCAGCAGGGAACAGAUUCUGGUCUUGCGCCUGGAGGAUCAUGCCUCCAAUAGAAAAUACACAAUGCACCAAGUCUUUGAGUUUCUCGAUCUUGGACCAGUGACAAGAGAAAUAGAGUCUGAGAUCACCAGAAGUCCUGCAUCUAAUACCAGGAGGCCUGCAGACAAAAAUCUAGGACCCAUGCUGCCCAUCACUAAAGAGAUCCUCCGGGACUUCUACACGCCCUUCAAUGAGAAGUUAGCAAAAGUUCUCCGGAAUGACUCCUUCCUCUGGGAGUCCAAAUCAUGAACCCCACUCCGCCUCCCCUCAAGCUUGAAAGAAGAAAAACCACUGACAUGGACGGCAAUUGCUCUGUUUUGGAUUCACUCUCAAGUGCCCAUGAACUCGUCCUUUAUUCUAAUUUAAAUUAUUUUCUAAGUUAUAAAGGCAGAGCUGAAUCAAAGAUAGCACAAGUGAGCGAGGUGAAUGAUUGAGUCAGGAUGUGUGUGAGGAGUGAUUGCAGUGUUUGUUGUUGUUGUUUUUCUUGAUGAGGUGUAAGAAAAUAAAUCGUAAA